CAGUUAGACCCACAUGCAAGCCUGGCUUUUCAGAAGAAGACUACACAGCAUUCGUCUCCCAAAACAUCAUGGAAGGGCAGAAGUUACUGAAAGGUUUCUGUGUUCAAAAUCCAUAAAUACAUUCUUAUGCCACCAAUAUAUGGAUACUCAUCACUCUGCUGAGGGGGAGCAUGACAACGGUUCAGAGCACAGAAGGCGAAGGAGAAGGCUGUGGUUGCAAAACAGAACUUCAGAAUCUCCCUGAGUGGACAGACCUCCCAAAACAUUAGGUUGUCUCUAUCCGCCUGCCAAAAAGUGUUGAAACAGAAAGGGAGAAAAGAUGAGGACUGCAAAGAAUCCACACUUCUUCUGUCACUCAGAGAUACCAGUAAAAUUUAAUAACUGUGCCGGUAACAAGGGAGUUCGGUAUGAAACCAACAGCCUGGACUUCAGAGUGAGAGCGGAUGGGACCAUGUAUGCUGCCCAUCAGGUGCAAAUGCCCUCAAAGCAGCUGAUCCUGAUGGUGACGGCGUGGGAUCCCCAGACCCUGGGCAGGUGGGAGGCGAUUGUCAGGUUUCUGGUGGCAGAGAAGUCGCAACACAAUGGGCACAAGCCAAAAGGCAGGAAGACCGUGCCGGGAGAACUGGCGCAGCAGCAGAGCGACACUCUUCUCCCAUGGCGCCAGCAUCAGAGCGUUAACGGCCUGCGACGGCAAAAGCGAGACUGGGUCAUCCCACCCAUCAACGUGCCAGAAAACUCCAGAGGACCCUUUCCGCAGCAGCUGGUUCGAAUUCGUUCUGAUAAGGACAAAGAGAUCCAUAUCAGAUACAGCAUCACUGGAGUGGGAGCCGACCAGCCGCCGAUGGAAGUCUUCAGCAUUGACCCUGUGUCUGGCAGGAUGUAUGUGACUCGCCCAAUGGACAGAGAAGAAAGAGCUUCCUACCACCUCCGGGCUCAUGCAGUGGAUAUGAAUGGAAACAAGGUGGAGAAUCCUAUUGACCUUUACAUCUAUGUGAUUGAUAUGAAUGACAACAGACCGGAGUUUAUAAACCAAGUCUAUAAUGGCUCUGUUGAUGAAGGCUCUAAACCAGGUACCUACGUGAUGACAGUGACAGCAAAUGACGCAGAUGAUAGUACUACAGCGAAUGGGAUGGUGAGAUACCGAAUCGUGACUCAGACCCCACAGAGCCCAUCGCAAAAUAUGUUUACUAUUAACAGCGAGACGGGAGACAUUGUCACUGUGGCUGCUGGGCUUGACAGAGAGAAAGUUCAGCAGUAUAUAGUCAUUGUUCAAGCCACAGAUAUGGAAGGAAAUCUUAACUAUGGUCUCUCCAACACGGCAACAGCGAUCAUUACGGUGACAGAUGUGAAUGACAACCCACCCGAAUUCACUACCAGCACUUAUUCAGGAGAAGUUCCUGAGAACAGAGUGGAGGUUGUGGUGGCAAAUCUGACGGUGAUGGACCGGGACCAGCCUCACUCUCCCAACUGGAAUGCCAUCUACCGAAUUAUCAGCGGAGACCCCUCUGGCCAUUUCACCAUCCGGACAGACCCUGUCACCAAUGAAGGCAUGGUAACGGUUGUGAAGGCAGUCGAUUAUGAGAUGAACAGAGCUUUCAUGCUGACAGUGAUGGUAUCAAACCAAGCUCCCCUGGCCAGUGGCAUCCAGAUGUCCUUCCAGUCGACAGCAGGAGUCACCAUUUCAGUCACAGAUGUCAACGAAGCACCGUAUUUCCCCACGAACCACAAGUUAAUCAGGCUGGAGGAAGGGGUGCCCAUGGGGACAGUCCUGACGACGUUUUCAGCAGUGGAUCCUGAUCGCUUCAUGCAGCAGGCAGUAAGAUACUCUAAGCUGUCAGAUCCUGCAAACUGGCUGAACAUUAAUGCCACAAAUGGUCAGAUCACUACUGCUGCUGUCCUUGAUCGGGAGUCAGACUACAUUAAGAAUAAUGUCUACGAGGCCACAUUCUUGGCGGCUGACAACGGCAUACCCCCCGCAAGCGGCACUGGCACUCUGCAGAUCUACCUAAUCGACAUCAACGAUAAUGCUCCUGAGCUUCUGCCAAAGGAGGCACAGAUCUGUGAAAAGCCAAACCUGAAUGUCAUCAACAUAACAGCCGCGGAUGCUGACAUCGAUCCAAACGUUGGGCCCUUUGUCUUCGAGCUGCCAAGUGUGCCAUCUGCAGUGAGGAAGAACUGGACCAUAACACGGCUGAAUGGUGAUUACGCCCAGCUUAGUUUACGAAUCAUGUACCUGGAAGCGGGUGUGUAUGAUGUGCCAAUCAUUGUGACGGACUCAGGAAAUCCCCCCUUGUACAACACAUCCAUCAUCAAAGUGAAGGUGUGCCCGUGCGAUGAGAACGGCGACUGCACCACCAUCGGGGCGGUGGCUGCAGCGGGGCUGGGCACCGGCGCCAUCAUCGCAAUCUUGAUCUGCAUCAUCAUUUUACUGACCAUGGUUCUGCUGUUCGUGGUGUGGAUGAAACGCCGGGAGAAGGAGCGUCAUACCAAGCAGCUCCUGAUCGACCCCGAGGACGACGUCAGGGAUAAUAUUCUGAAGUAUGACGAAGAGGGAGGUGGAGAGGAAGACCAGGAUUACGAUUUAAGCCAGCUCCAGCAGCCAGAGACCAUGGAUCACGUGCUGAACAAAACACCUGGAGUCAGAAGGGUGGAUGAAAGACCUAUUGGUGCUGAACCGCAGUAUCCUAUAAGACCAGUAAUCCCACAUCCAGGGGAUAUUGGCGACUUUAUUAAUGAGGGCCUGCGUGCGGCGGACAAUGACCCCACGGCCCCCCCGUAUGAUUCCCUGUUGGUCUUUGACUACGAGGGCAGCGGCUCCACCGCCGGUUCCGUCAGCUCCCUCAACUCCUCCAGCUCCGGGGACCAGGACUACGACUACCUUAACGACUGGGGGCCCAGGUUCAAGAAACUGGCGGACAUGUAUGGGGGAGGCGAGGAAGAUUAAACUGACCUCAUAUUAUUUGGAAAAAAAAAAGAAGAAGAAGAAACAAAAAGGAAAAAAAACAAUUUAGAAAAAAAAAACCCAACAAACCCACAGACAACAUUAACAAAAAGAGCCGAUGCAGAAGCAAGAACUGUACAGAUGUGGCAGCUUUUUUAAUUAAUAUCCCCUGCUGACUGUAUUGUUAUUUUUAGUGGUGAUAUAGGAGGUUUCUUUUAUUUUCCCUUUUUUUUUCCUUUCCAUGUUUUUUUUAGAAUAUCGAGCUGUCUCGCAUGAACACUUGUCUCUGCUGCAGGGUUUUUUUUUGUUGUUGUUUUGGUUUUUUUAAUGUCAGCUGGGAUAUUGCUCAUUUAUCUGCUUUAUGACUAAAGAGAGUGAAAGGCACUCUGUCUUAACUUGAAUUUCUUAGAACAGAAGCACUGUUUUUAAAAUAUAUAUAUAUAUAUAUUUGAAAGUGCCUUUUGGUGCAUGUAUCAGAUUCCCUUCAAUCUCAGGAGUGAUGAAAACAAACAUACAACCAUCCUGGGCAGCACUCCCUGUGACCCGAAGCCAGUUCUAGCUGGGAAGGAGUUAACAAAAAGGAACUGUGGAGAUUAUUAUUUCUUUUUUUUUGCCUUUUUUUUAAGGGGGUGACUCAUUCUGGGGUGGAAGAGGAUUGGGGGGGGGGGAUGUUUUGAGUCAAAAUCUUAACAGCCAUCUUUAAGCCUCAGCAGGUGGUGAACUAGUCAUCAUGUUGUAUAUAAUUCAGUGUUAUCAGAUGCAAAAUAUCGACCGGGGGGCUCAGCUGGCACCUGGUCACACUCAAUGUAGCUGCGUAGAACUAUAGCAUUGAUAUAGCCUUUGGUUAUUGCGACAGAAAUCUCCGACAGCCCUUGCCUAAACCCUACAAAGUAAAUUGUGAAAUGACCAAAGGCCCAUUUGUUUGUUUUUAUGCUAUCGGCGUGUUUUGGCUCCCAGGACCUCUUGAGUGAUGUAAAUACCAGCUGGGGUAGGUGGUGGCAUCCCGCAUCUCUGAGGACAGGAAAGCUGAUGCCGUUUGCCUCGUUUGCGUGGCGGCUCCGCUCGAGGCCGGGCAGUGCUAAGGGCAGGAACAGUUUAUCAGCACUUUUGCCAUCCGUAAGUAUGAAGUUAGUCUAGUACAAUAUUAAUGCCUUGAGCAUUAGUAGCCAAAGCUCAACAACAUCGUGUAACUCAGCUAAUGUGUGUCCUUUCUAUUUGAUGGGUAGGCACUGCUAUCUGUAGUAAAUGUUUCUUUUGGAGAAGUGCAACGAGGGCCUAUUAAGCAUCUUGUGGUUAAUAUGCUCAAGCAUUGCCAAGUAAGCAAGAGGUUUUGCAGCAUCCAGGCGUAAUUCAACAUCAGUAUUAUAAAUGGUAGCAUACUACCUAGUUUAUAUGUAGGGUCAGUUUAACCAAUAACAAAUAGUUAUUAGCUUUUUUUAUUACAUUUUUCCUUUACUGAUUUGGACUAGUGGGUUUAUGUCUAAUGUUUGUAAAAUGAUUUAGACUGCAUGGAUGUGUAAUAUAAACCACAUUUAAUGGAUUAUGAGCCACUUAAUUAAUGUGCUAUGAAAUCUUGGAUUACCUGUGUUUUAUAUUCUGCAGACGAUUUUGCAGUGGGUUCGCUAAAACUUGUAAAAGUGCUUAGUUAUAUUUUCAUUUAAAUCCAAGAAUGUGCACAGUAUUGGAAGGUGAUUAUCCAGGGGAUAAUCGCGCUUUUUUAGAUAUCUCUAUUAAUUCUCAAGUUGAAUGCUAAGAGUUAAAAGGGGGCGGGGGGUGGGAAGCAAGCGCGUGCACGCGAGAGAGCGGGAGAAUGAGAGGACGAGAGCUUGCGGUGAUGAGUGGACGUCAUUUCAGAGGGUAUACUAGGCUGCAAGAUCGUCUCUAUAGAUUUUUGAAAUGCUCCUAGUGCAUUUUAUAUUUCAUUGUAUCAUAUUUUCUAUAAAAUGCAAUUUCUGUAAAUUAAUGAGCAUUUGAAAUGUGUCUUGUAUGAAGUGGAAUGUGGUAAAAGUCUGCCCGAGGAGACUCCAACAUUACCGGUAUGUUAUUAACUUCCAAGGAUGUGAUCUUUCUUUUUUAUCUUGAUCGGUCAGUCGAUGGGUCAGUUUGUCUUUUCACAGCCCGGAGAGUAAACACAUGCUCAUCCAAGUUUCUUGAGGAAACCCAGAGGCAGUGGGAGGGACGGUUCGGAUGGCAGCAGCAAGGUGAGGAUGUUGUGCCAUAGGCACGGGCCGGUAGCGUGUGCCUCUGCCAGUUUGAAACGUGGUGCCUGGCAAACUGCACCUUGCAGCUUUCCAAAUUCCUGUUCCGUAGUUGGGAACUUCACUCGUCUCAUAUGAGUCUGUGAAGGUCUUGGGUUGCUCCUGCCAUGGACCGUCCACCUCCUCCCGGCUGCCCUCCAGCAAAGGGGACGUUGCAGCCCCAAUCCUCCAGCCGCCUGGCACGGGUGGGCUGUGUUUCCCCACAGUCUCUGCUCCUUACCCACAGGCAGUCCUGAUUCUUUCUCUUUUCUUUCCAAAAAGCCAUGGACUGGGGUAUUUUACCAUCUGGGCUUUGCAUCUCCUCAGAAGCUGCCCGGUCACAGCAGGAGUAGUGAGUAAUAAAAAAGCACUCGGUGUUUCUCGAUGAUCACUACCCGUCAGUGUUUUGUGUCCAUCACUGUAACCUCCUCACCGACUCGGGAGAAGGAUGCGGCAUAACGGCUGGGGUGAUGCCGACUGUUCUCUGCCCGGUAGGUUGCUGCCACUACCUGCUCCAUGUGGCUCCUGGGAUGCCCGUGUGGAUGCUGCAGUGGCAGCCGGGUGGGUCUCCAUGCAGUCUACCUGGCACUGCUUACCCUGAGCAGUAGCUAAAUCCCUGCUCCAGAGCGCCUGAGGCUUGAUGUGUGCUGCAGCUUUGGCUGGAUGAUGGAUUUCGAGUAGGGAAGGGGAUGGCAGUGGUGUGGGGUGGCUGCUGUAGGCGUCGGAUGGCAGCGAGUGCCACCCCACUGUCACCCGGGGGACAGACCACGUGGAGAAAGGAGCCACUUGGCCAUGCAGGAGACAAUGUCAGACUUCAGCUUGUCUAAACAUUUCAGGAUUUUAAGAACAUUUAUGCAACCUAAGUCAAACAAAACUGUUUGAGUGAACAAAAAUAAACCGACCUGUUUCUAUUGGCGGCUAUUUUUUUUAAAAUCAGCAGAUAUUUUUUCUGCAGCAUUUGCAAUCCAGCCAUUUCAACCCCACAAGCCUGUGAAACAAAACACCUAGUUUAUUGUCUUUUGACCCAGUUCUGCUCAGUCCCCCUCUGCGGGACCUCUUCUUCAUCCUCCUCCUCUCCUUCUCUCCCUCUUUGUUCUCCUCCUCCCCACAUCCUCCACCUCUGAGCUUUGCAGCCCUGCGAGUAGCAGCACUGUCAGACCCCUUUCCUCACAGUGGGAACAGCACAAGGGAAGAAAGGAGCACAUCAAGCAAUGAAAAUAGAUCACCUUUUGCUUGUUAGUACUGCUUAACAGUUUGUAACCCAGCUAAGGAAACUUAAAUCGGUCCAAGAGGUCCCAUUGAAAAGGUGGCAGUGUCAUUGCUCUCUCCUCAACCUCUGCUCCUUGUGGAUGUGACGUGGUGUUGGCAUUCGCAGCUGAGGUGGUGGUGAGGGCGGCUUACAAGAAAAUAGGGCAGGGAAAAGGCAACUUCGGCUGAUUAUAGAGUCACUGUUUUUUUCUUAGAAGCCACAGAAGUGGUUAAUGCAUUGAGAUCAGAAUCCUUUUUCUCUCACUAAUCUAAAUGAAAGCAUUGAACUUGAACUGAUCAAAGCGGUGCCCACACAGGCAAGCGCUCACCCUUUGCACACCGUGAGGCAGUGGGGAAGGAGACGCUCUCGAGUGGGUGGAGGGGAGCCCAUCCCUGAGAUACCGGUGUGGCACCCCAUCACCCCACAGCACUGCUGGAGGACACCACCACAGCUCUCCGUCUAACGAAAGGUGAUGAUGAGCUCCCAGGGCGUUGGGGCACCCUGGAUGCCUCCUGUGGCCUCCUCACCUCCCGGGUCUGAGGGUUGCACGUCCCUGAGCCAGGGAUGGUGCAGAUCCAACAUCACUGCUAUACCUGCAGUAGCCUCAGGCAAAGCGUGGCCGCGCGGCAUCGGUGCAGCCCCCGUCCCGUCUAUUUAUUGUGUAGCCUGUAAAUAAGGAGAAGCAUCAGUCACAGAAAUGUUUUGUAAGGCAACAAGGAAAUUGAGCAGGUAAUUAAUGACAGUAAGUAGGCAAAUCCCUUCUAGGUGUCCCAUGUGCUAGUCAAAGCCUUGCUUCUGGUUUUGCAUUUUCUUUUCCAUGUUUUUCUUUCCUUUUUGGCUGGAGCAGGCGAUGCCCUUGGCAGUUUUAAGGUGAUGGCAGGGAGUUCGCUCCCCUGCACUCUGGGCCCCUUUCAAGGGGUUUUUAGGGAUAACUGGGUGUGAAUCCAGCCUCCAGGAGUAAGACAGGCUUAGGAGAUGGCUGUAUCGCCUGCGACUGCUUCACAUAGAGUAAAUGUUUGAGCAUUGGAGAACGGUAAUGGUCAGUGCCGGGUCUGUACAACACAAUAUGCCAAGAUUGCAACUUUGUUUAGUCUCAAAAAAAACAUAUUAAAGGUAAAAUACAGGACUUUUAUUUGUGAUGUCUUUUGGAGCUCUUCAUUGUAAGUGUGAAAAAAAAAAAAUGAGGGGGGGGAAUGCUCUAUAACGAUGAAUGCCUAUGUUUAAAACAGCAGCUAGACAACGUCGGUGUCUCCCACGCAAAGUUAACUCAGUUUCAUGGGGAAAAUAAAAGUUCUCUCCAGCACAAACCAACCCCAUAUACGAUUCCUCACACAACGUGUACAUAAUGUAGUUAGUGCUUGAAGCUACAAAUCAAAUAGGGGAAAGAACAACACCACCAUAUAGAUGUAUAAUUGGAGCACUUUACUUUCUUUUAAUUUUAAUGAUGACUUUGCAUGUUUCCUUUUACGAUGGAGAAGCUGUGUAGCAGCCCGCAUGACUGUGGUUGUUCUCGAGGAAGACUUCUGCUGUUCUGCUGUAUUCACGCUGAAGCGCAAAAGCAGUUUGCGUCCGUUAACCCAGUUCAAAAACCUUUUUUUGUAACCGUCAACAGCACAAAUAUUUUGUAUCGUUGUUUGUACCAUUUUUGUAUCAAAAAAAAACAAAAGAGGAAAAAAAAAAAAAGGGAAGAAAGUAAAUGUUUUCAAUGUGUUUUUAGUGCCACUGCAAUCUUGGUUUCCAAACUGAGUAACAGCUUUGCUGAUUUAUUGUGUAUCAAAGCUGAACUGGCGCACUGACGCCUGGCUCCAGUGUAAUAAAAAUAAAG